UAAUUUGGUCUUGUAGGGUACACAUGGACUCAUGAUUCAAGUGGAGGUUUAGUUCACUCAACCAAAUGGAGUAGUGCAAGGCCACCUUUGGGCUCAAUUAAACCUGGAUUCCAAUGGAUUUCAAGGAGCUUAAACCCAAGCUAGAUCACACAUGAGCCUUAAACCAACUUAGGGUUCAAUGAGCCAAAACCCUAGGUAUUUAAAGAACAUUUUGGCACGGUGAACAGUGAGCUCACUACUGUUCAUCGUGUCGUUUCUCUUUCGACGGCGCGAAGCUUGCUCCCUUCCUUCUUCCAAAGCUUCGAACCAACUUGUCUUAACCAGCGUGGAGUUCCUCAACCUCCGACGAUCAGAUUUCGACCAUCAGUUUUCAUCAGCGAAGCGUUUUGGCGGGCGGGGCACUGUAGCUGCGAGCUGCGAUUUUCAGCUCAGACCAGCGGCGUUCUUCUGGUUUGAGCCUCCAUUUCUUCACAGGAUUAUCGGCGGUGGUCCUCCGGUAAUUCUGAACCCUUUUCCGACAGCACUUCAACGUUCCUUGCUCCCUUCAUCAGCUCGCGACUCCAACUUCAGAAAUGCAGCAGCGUGCAGCAGAAAGCUAUUUCAGAAACUGACCUAGCUGAUGAUUUGUGAGCUGAUACAAGUGAAUCUGAGUUGUCUCGAGUUCAAGGACACCAUCUGACUUCUGUUGGAGUGUUCUUUGCAGAUCCUUGUGUGACGGCAAGGAGAAGACGAAUUUGGUUCGAGAUUUGGGUGUAGGGAUGUUAGAUUUUCUUUGCAGUUUGUUUCUAGCUUAGGUUUUCUUAUUCCUGUAGAUUUGUUUCUGAAUCUGAUAGUUUAUAGUUUGGAUUUAGUUGUAGUUUCAUUUUCUACAUGAAUCUGAUAUGCUUAGUUCUGUUUUUAUGUGUUGUUUAGUUCUGUUCGUGCUGCAGAAUUGCUGCAAUUCUGUUUUCUUCAUUUGAGAAUUGCUUAGAGAAUUUUUAAUGAGAUUAAGUAGAUGUAGUGUUAAGUUCUUAUUAAGUUCUGUGUUGCAGAGAAUUAAGCUGGAAUUCUGCAUUCUGUUUGGCACUAGUUAAGUGAAUUUAGUCUCGAAUUUCCUUUUUGGUAUUCUAAGAUUAAUUCUCUAGUUUUGUUUAAGAUGAAUCCAGAAUGUGCAGGUUUCAAUUAUUUCAGCUAAUUUAAAUUCAUAAAGUGAAGUGUGUUUGAAGUGUUUGAUUUCCUGUUGGAAUUGAAAGUUAUUUCUGCAGUAGGUAGUUACUUUGUUAGUACGUUUAAUUCAGUUCUCAUUUCACAUUUUAAUACUAAACCCCAAUUCACAAACUGAAACCCCAAAAAGAUGUGUUCCUAAUCCGAAACAACAUGAUGCAAGCAUAAUCCUCGGAAAAUUUGACUUGGGCCUUUUACUAAAACAUUGUUUUGUGUAGUUGUGGGUUUUCGAUCUGAACAUUAAUUUGGGAGUUUAUUUGUGACAUCAAUUAGAGAGCUUACCAAAUUUUAGCACCGUUGCCAGGGAUGCUUAAAACUUUGCUAGAAUUGUUUGUUUGUUUUGGAUUGUGAAUAAUUUUCUCAGCUUUAGUUUGCUGAUUUGUUCUGAUUUUAUUGAAUAUCUACUGAAUUUUGAUUGUUUAUUGGCUUGCAUGACUAGGUCUUCCUUUGCAACAUUGCUUGAAUUAGACCCGGAGAUUAAAAGAACCUUUUGGGCUUUAAGGAGACAAGCUAGGUCAGCAGCAACUUGUGAGAGCAGAAUUUCAGAGAUGGAUAAUCAGAUAACAGAAGGGGAUCGAACUAUGAAAGAGCUUGCAGCACCAGAUGUGGCUUAUAAGUACUCAUGCAUCACUUAUCCAUAUUUGGCAGGAGAUUUUGAACUCAGAUCAGGACUUAUUCAUCUGCUUCCCAAAUUUCAAGGCUUAUCAGGAGAGGAUCCCAACCGCCAUCUACAUGAGUUCCAUGUGGUGUGUUCAACCAUGAAGCCACAAGGGAUUUCAGAAGAAGACAUUAAGUUGAGGGCUUUUCCAUUCUCUUUGACGGGAGCAGCUAAAGACUGGUUAUAUUGCCUUCCAGCUGGAUUCAUUACAAGUUGGAUUGAUAUGAAGAAAGCCUUUUUGGAGAAAUUUUUCCCAUCUUCUAGGACUGCAACUAUCAGGAAGAGCAUUUGUGGUAUUCAACAAGUAGUGGGAGAGACUCUUUAUGAUUAUUGGGAGAGAUUCAAGAAGCUGUGUUCGAGUUGUCCACAACAUCAAAUUAGUGACCAGCUCCUUGUUCAAUAUUUUUAUGAGGGUUUACUUCCCAUGGAUAGGAGCAUGAUAGAUGCAGCAGCUGGAGGAGCCUUGGUGAAUAAGACUCCAAAUCAAGCAAGAGAGCUAAUUUCAAAUAUGGCGGAAAACUCACAGCAAUUAGGGAGUAGAGCUCUUGGUACUAGAGUGGUUAAUGAAACUCAUUUGGUUUCAACUGAACAACAAGAAAUUAGGAACAAUUUGCGAGAAUUAACUUCUCUAGUAAAGCAAAUGGCGUUGCAAAAUUUGAGUCAUGUUUCAAAUUUUCCUUUACCAAUGAUGAAGUUGUGUGAAAUUUGUUCAACUCAAGAUCACUCUUCGAAUCAUUGUCCUAAUCUACAUCAAGAUGAAUCCGUUGCAGCCAUUUCAAGACCUCAAUUUCAGCAACAUAAAUAUGAUCCCAAUUCUUCAACAUAUAAUCUGGGAUGGAGGGAUCACCCUAAUUUGAGGUAUGGGAACACAUUUUAUCAGCAGCCAACACAAACUUAGAUUCAUCUGCCAUAUUAUCAGAAUUCACAAAAUCAGCAUCAUUACCAGAAUCAUCCAGCAAGUCAUUCUCAGCAAUUUCAGCAAUAUUAGCAGCCUCAAUUUCAACAAAAUUUCAGCCAAAAUCAGCAAUUUCAACCAUUCCAGAAUUUCCAUCAUUCAAAUACUACAAGUCAGCCACAGUUUCAGAAUUUACAGAAUCAGCACACACAUUUCCAGCAUGUUCAGCAACCUGUGCAGAAUUUCCAGCAGCCAAGUAGUACAAAUCAGCACCAAUCUCAGCUUGCAUUGCCUUCUUCGACAAGCCCAAGAUCAAUGCAACCUCAGCAGAAUUUUAGCAGCUCAAAAAUUGAGGAUUUGAUGCAGCAAGUGCUACAACAGAAACAGCAAAUGAUACAACAGCAGCAACAUCAGCAGAGGACUGAUACAACAUUGCAAAACAUUGAAAGGCAGAUUGGGCAGCUUGCUAGCAACAUUAAUCAAAUGCAAAAUCAAGGAUCUGGGCAAUUACCUUCACAACCGACUCCCAAUCCUAAAGGAAAUGUGAGUGCAUUAACUCUUCGAAGUGGUAAAACAAUUUCAGACCCAAAUUCGAAUUUUUUAGCUAGAUCACAGCAAGGCAUAUCCAGGACAGCUUCAGAUUUGACUCCACAGAAAUUGCAGAAUUUUCCAGAAAAUUCAGAGCAACCAGAUUCUGCACAGCAUGGGAUUACUGGAGCUGAUCAGCAACAUUUAAAUCAACCUACAACUUCAGAUUAUGAUCAAAUUGAUGGAGCAGAUUUCGGCUUGGAUUUUACUCCAACAGCAGCUCCAAAUUCAGCUCAAAAUUCAGCACAGAACCUGGGAAAUUCUGGGCAGAAUCUGGACAGAACUUUUAACCAGCAAGAAGCCAAGCAUUCCACUCCAUUACCUUUCCCUCAAAGAAGUGUACAACCAAGAAAAGAAAUGGGGGAAGAAAAGGCUAGGGAAUAUCAAGAAUUGGUGAAAUUAUUCAGCAAGGUUGAAGUGAAUGUGCCUUUGCUUACCAUGAUUAAGAAAAUUCCAAAAUAUGCCAAAUUCCUAAAGGAUCUUUGUGUGCACAAAAAGAAAUUAAAGGGGAAUGAAUUGAUAAGUAUGGGAAAGAAUGUCUCAGCAUUACUUCAGCCAGUUCCUCAGAAGUGUGAAGAUCCAGGAGUUUUCACCGUGCCUUGUGUUAUAGGAGAUUGUAUUUUUGAGGAUGCGAUGUUAGAUCUUGGAGCUUCUAUUAAUGUGAUGCCUAAAUCUGUUUUUCAGUCAUUAAGAAUUGGACCUUUGCAGCCUACAAGUGUAGUGAUUCAGUUGGCCAAUAGAAGUCAAGCACACCCAGCUGGAGUGAUAGAAGAUGUAUUGGUAAAAGUGAGGGAGUUAAUUUUUCCUGCAAAUUUUUACAUCUUAGACAUGGAGGGUGAUGUGCUUGCAAAUAGGGCUCCGCUUAUUCUUGGACAUCCAUUCUUGAAGACUGCUAGAACGAAGAUUGAUGUGCAUGCUGGAACUCUUUCUAUGGAGAUAGGAGAUACAGUGGUUAGAUUCAGCAUUUUUGAGGCUAUGAAGCAUCCUAGAGAGGAUCAUUCUAUACUUAGCGUGGAUAUCUCAGAGGAGUUUGAUGGCAUGGAGUUCUUGUUAGAUAUUGAUUCAGACUUAGAGGUUUCUGAUUUUGAUCAAGAGAAUGAAUUUGUUUCUUUGUUGGAGGAUAUUUUAGAGGUGGAAGAAAGUGGAAGUUUGAGUGAAUGUGUAGGGGAUUGCUUAGGAGAAGCAUUACCCCUAGGAUCUUUCAGAGAGGAAGAGGUAUGCGUAGGGGAUUGCUUAGGAGAAGCUCUAUCCCUAGGAUAGCCUACAGUUGACCCAACAUAGGAGGAAUUGAAGCCAUUGCCUCAGCAUUUGAAGUAUGCCUAUUUGGGAGAAAAUUAGCAGCUACCUGGCAUCAUAGCUCAGAAUUUGGAACCGGAUCAGGAGGAACGAUUGUUAGAGAUUUUGAGACAGCAUAAAAAGGCCAUUGGAUGGACUCUGGCAGAUAUUCCUGAGAUCAGUCCUUCCAUUUGUAUGCAUAAGAUUCACUUAGAGGAGGAUGUGAGGCCAGUGAGACAGCCACAGAGAUGACUAAACCCAUUGAUUUUGGAUGUUGUAAAGAAGGAGGUGACUAGACUCUUACAGGCUGGCAUCAUUUAUCCGAUUUCUGACAGUAAAUGGCUCAGUCCCAUCCAUGUGGUUCCGAAGAAGUUAGGGGUGACAGUGGUAGCUAAUGAAGAGAACGAACUGGUGCCCACGAGAGUGAAGAAUUCCUGGAGAGUAUGUGUGGAUUAUAGGAAGCUAAACCAAGCAAGCCGAAAGGAUCAUUAUCCACUUCCUUUUAUUGAUCAGAUGUUAGAGCGGCUGGCAAGUAAAUCCCAUUAUUGUUUUCUUGAUGGGUACACUAGUCAUUUUCAGAUUUGCAUCGACCCAGAGGACCAGGAGAAGACUACCUUCACCUGCCCUUUCGGUACAUUCACAUAUCGUAGGAUGCCAUUUGGAUUGUACAAUGCUCCAGGUACUUUUCAGCGAUGCAUGGGGUGCAGAGAGGCUUUUGACAGAUUGAAGGAGGCUCUUACUUCAGCACCUAUUAUCAGACCCCCAGACUGGUCCUUACCUUUUGAGUUGAUGUGUGACGCUUCAGAUUAUGCAGUGGGAGCUGUACUGGCACAGAGAGUGGAUGGAGCACCACAUGUUAUUUGCUAUGCUUCCAAGACUUUGGACUCAGCUCAAGCAAACUACACAACAAUAGAAAAAGAGCUUCUUUCUAUUGUUUUUGCUUUAGAUAAGUUCAGAUCAUAUCUUCUUUGUUCUCAUGUGAUUAUUUUUUCUGAUCAUGCAGCUUUGAAGUAUCUCCUCAAGAAGCCUGAUGCAAAGCCUAGAUUAAUCAGAUGGAUGCUUCUGCUUCAAGAAUUCGACGUAGAGAUACGUGAUAGGAGCGGGAAGGAGAACUUGGUUGCAGAUCACUUGAGCAGGAUUGAAGGAGACUUGGACCAUUCGGCCAUUGAUGAUGAUUUCAGGGAUGAGCAGCUUCUACAGCUGCAAGGGUACACAUGGACUCAUGAUUCAAGUGGAGGUUUAGUUCACUCAACCAAAUGGAGUAGUGCAAGGCCACCUUUGGGCUCAAUUAAACCUGGAUUCCAAUGGAUUUCAAGGAGCUUAAACCCAAGCUAGAUCACACAUGAGCCUUACACCAACUUAGGGUUCAAUGAGCCAAAACCCUAGGUAUUUAAAGAACAUUUUGGCACGGUGAACAGUGAGCUCGCUAAUGUUCAUCGUGUAGUUUCUCUUUCGACGGCGCGAAGCUUGCUCCCUUCCUUCUUCCAGAGCUUCUAACCAGCUUGUCUUAACCAGCGUGGAGUUCCUCAACCUCCGAUGAUAAGAUUCCGACCAUUAGUUUUCAUCAGCGAAGCAUUUUGGCGGGCGGGGCACUGUAGCUGCGAGCUGCGAUUUUCAUAUCAGACCAGCGGCGUUCUUCUGGUUUGAGCCUCCAUUCUUCACAGGAUUAUCGGCGGUGGUCCUCCGGUAAUUCUGAACCCUUUUCCGACAGCACUUCAACGUUCCUUGCUCCCUUCAUCAGCUCGCGACUCCAGCUUCAGAAAUGCAGCAGCGUGCAGCAGAAAGCUAUUUCAGAAACUGACCUAGCUGAUGAUUUGUGAGCUGAUACAAGUGAAUCUGAGUUGUCUCGAGUUCAAGGACACCAUCUGACUUCUGUUGGAGUGUUCUCUGCAUAUCCUUGUGUGACGGCAAGGAGAAGACGAAUUUGGUUCGAGAUUUGGGUGUAGGGAUGUUAGAUUUUCUUUGCAGUUUGUUUCUAGCUUAGGUUUUCUUAUUCCUGCAGAUUUGUUUCUGAAUCUGAUAGUUUAUAGUUUGGAUUUAGUUGUAGUUUCAUUUUCUACAUGAAUCUGAUAUACUUAGUUC